GAAGGAGAUCUAUUUCUAUAGGUGUUUGAUUUGAGCCAUGUUUUAGUCAUUGCCCUUGCUUAGACCUCUCAAAGUUCACUAAGCUUUUAGGCUACUUAACAAACUAUUUUUCAUUAACUCUAUUACAAAUUAGGGGUGUCUUUACCAACACUUGACACCAGAACUCUCACUUUAAUUAGCCAACACAUGAAUCUUUUGACAACUUCUGCGCACGAAACAAAAUAUACAUUAAAAAACUUCCUUCAACAUCCCACAUGGUUGAAAAUUCGUCCCUACUUAGAAGAAUAUCAACGGAGGAAGCGUUAUAUUUGAGAUAAGAGGAUUCUUUCUUGGGAUAAAAGUUUGACAAAGUUUACAGUCCAUGGUUUUUGUAUCUCAACGCUAACGUUCAUAAGUUCGUUCGUUAUUCUGCGCCUCAGUAGUAACCCUUGUCGUUCGAUGUUGAUCUCAAGACAGGUUUUAAUCAAAAUCUUAACGUCUCAAUUACCUCGACACUUCAAAAUAUUUGUCUUUGAUGCGCGAUUUCUCACACCCUGCGCUCAAUAUAAAUAACUUAGUUUUGUCAUUCGAUACUUAUAGACCUCUGAGGCAGAUUCGUAUUCAAAUCUGCUAAAUUAAAGGUCGGUUUUUCAUGGUAUUUCAACUCGGUUAAUUUAUUUGGCGAUUCCUGGUUCCUGGCUGGCUCUCCUUCUCGCAAGAUGUGCAUGUAAGACCUCAAAUGCGGUUAGUGUAAGAGAACGAGUCACCCGGAGGGCAGAGAACGCUGAGUACGUCAUUCUAUUCAGGGACUUUGAACAAUGACAGCCGUUUAAUCGGAUCCUUAUUAAUUGACAGCCAGUAAAAGCAGGAAGCGCGAAUAAAUAAGAUGUAUUGAUGAUCACUGUGUUUAGUCUGGGCACGACGUACACACGAAGAGCACUGCUAUAUUGAAACCGUGGGAACUGAGCGCACCAAACUAGUAACCAAACUGAAUAUCAACCAAACGCUAACAGGAAGAAAACUACUAGAGUAUUCCUAGAUCCACUAUGUCGAACCCUACAAAAUGUGAUGUUUACAAGGAUUCCAGUGGUAAGCGAGUGUGUGGAGGUUGCGGGAUGACGAUUAGUGAUCGCUUCUUGCUUAAAGCAUUGGAUAGGUACUGGCACGAAGAUUGCUUGAAGUGUUCUUGCUGUGAAUGUCGUCUUGGUGAAGUUGGUUCAACGCUCUACACAAAAGCAGAUCUAAUUCUGUGUAAACGUGACUAUUUACGGUUAUUCGGCAAUAGAGGAUUCUGUUCAGUUUGUUGUAAAGCGAUCCCAGCCUUCGAGAUGGUCAUGCGUGCACGUGACAACGUUUAUCAUCUCGAGUGCUUCUCGUGUCAGCGAUGUAACCAAAGAUUCUGUGUCGGCGACAAAUUUUACCUUCUAAACAACAGAAUACUCUGCGUGGAUGAUUACGAAGAAAUGAUGACAUAUAAACACGCUGAACAGAACAGAUAUAUCAUGUAGAUGGCUGCUAUGGUAACAGAGACAGCUAUGAUCGCGCGCUACCUUAACGUUUUGCAGAGACAGACGCGUUUGCCAAGGAAACGAACAAUAUGGUAGCGCGCGCAAAAUUGAUUUUUCUUGCCAUGAUACAUGCAUUAUACAAACAAACAUUCAUGAUCUUGGAUACUAUGUUUCCAUGGAAACGAUGCUUUUUGUUACCAUGACAACAGUAAACUCCAUCGUAUAUUGUUGCUAUAGAAACAAAAAAAUGCACCAUUUUUGACCUAAAAGGGGAACAAGCACGAAGAUGUCGAAAACACGAAAGUAUCAAGGAGACGUACUAAAAGCCAUGGAAAUAAAUCAGUGUGGAAACGAUUCCCAUGAAUAAGAUUUACUGUUAAAAUCCUUCAUCACCAUGACAACAGGCCAAGUGGCCAUGGCAACGUGUUUAGGCGCUGCGCAUAUUUAUCAACGCGUGUUUGUACAGAUAAAUAUAUAUUUUUUUACUUUUAGAGAAAUUUAUUUUUUUUGCUAAAUAAAGACACAGCAAAAAAGUAACGGU